UAAAGGCGGGGUCUCGGUGUCUGGAUUUAGCCCGCCCCUCGUUUCCGCCUUGCGUGGGCGCGCUGCUAGCGCGGAACCCGAACGCGGGUCAGGGCGGCACUUUGAACCAGGCUCGGGGGUGGGCCGGGGCGGGACCUGACCGAGGCUAAGCUGCGUUUGGAACCCCUGUAGCCAGCGCUCAGUUGCGCAGAAUUCGAGCUAUGGCGUCCGAGGCGCGCGUAUCGCGCUGGUACUUCGGGGGGCUAGCCUCAUGUGGGGCCGCCUGCUGCACGCACCCCCUAGACCUGCUGAAGGUGCACUUGCAGACACAGCAGGAGGUGACGCUGCGCAUGUCGGGCAUGGCCAUGCGGGUGGUGCGCUCUGACGGCCUCCUGGCACUCUACAACGGCCUCAGUGCCUCCCUGUGCAGACAGAUGACGUACUCCCUGACACGCUUUGCUAUCUAUGAGACCUUUCGGGAUAAGAUGACCAGGGGCAGCCAGGGCCCCCCACCCUUCUACCAGAAGGUGCUCCUGGGCGCUGUCAGUGGCUGCAUUGGAGGUUUCAUGGGGACCCCUGCCGACAUGGUGAACGUCAGGAUGCAGAAUGACAUGAAGCUGCCUCAGAAUCAGCGUCGGAACUAUGCCCAUGCUCUGGAUGGCCUGUUCCGAGUGGCUCGUGAAGAGGGCCUGAAGAAGCUGUUCUCAGGUGCCACCAUGGCUUCCAGUCGAGGGAUGCUGGUCACUGUGGGCCAGCUGUCCUGCUACGACCAAGCCAAGCAGCUGGUCCUCAGCACAGGCUACCUGGCCGACAACAUCCUUACCCAUUUUCUGGCCAGCUUCAUCGCAGGCGGAUGUGCCACCAUCCUGUGCCAGCCACUAGACGUGCUCAAGACGCGUCUGAUGAACUCCAAGGGCGAGUACCAGGGUGUUCUCCACUGCGCCAUGGAGACGGCCAAGCUGGGACCACUGGCCUUUUAUAAGGGCCUCGUGCCUGCUGGCAUCCGCCUCAUGCCGCACACCAUGCUCACCUUUGUGUUUCUGGAGCAGCUGCGCAAACACUUUGGCAUCAGAGUGCCAUCCUGACCGAUGGAUGCUGGGCUCUGCUGGACUGGGGGAAGAGCCCAGGGCCCCACCUGCAGCCCUUCUCGUCCACCUGGGCCAGAGUUCAGUCAAUGCUCGUAUCCACUCCCAGCCUGUGGCCCCACCUCCUGUGGGGUCUGCAUCCGGGUGGGAGAGCAGCCCUGGAGGCACUGGGGUCUAAGGGCCCCUCUCCUGGGCUCCCAGCUCCACUUUCCAGAAGCUUCCAGGGCAGCCCUGGGAGGCAUUACCAGUGACACACGUGCACUUUCACCUUAGAGAGGGACCAGAACUUCUCCCCAUGCUCAGAGGGUGUCGGGCAGGUGAGUGAGUGGUAGGAGAGGACCCAAGAGACCCCAGCCCCCACAUUAAUUUAACAGUGUCACCAAAACUCAGCAUUCGGCGGCUGCUGCUUGCUGUCUUCAGCGACUGUUCAUGUGCUGCCCCUGCCCCGGCUGUCCAGGCAGAGCUACUGGGCUGUGGCUGAGGGCACCUCUCUCUGCAUGGCAAUCACUCAGCAGCUGAGAUUCCAGCACCCAUUUUCCACAGCCAAAGGAACCAGUCUGCCUGCCCCAUACCCCGUGCUGGGCCUGCCCCACAGGUCCUGACACUGUCCCUCUGUGCGGGGUUGCUAAUAAACUGCAGUGACUG